AAAAAAAAAAAAACAUUUGUUCUUGUCCUUAAAAGCUGAACCACUUUCCCUUUCCCCUCUUCUUCUUCUCUAAAUUUCCAUCACCCAACUUCAUCGGCAACUGAACAAAAUGUCCGAAAAUUGCCCUCAUGUUCUCAUCUUCCCUUAUCCAGCACAAGGCCAUAUGUUACCUGUCUUAGACUUCACUCAUCAGCUAAUCCUCAACAACAUAUCCAUCACUAUAUUAGUCACCCCCAAAAACCUCCCUAUCUUAAACCCCCUUCUCACAAAGCACCCAUCAAUCAACACUCUCAUUUUACCUUUCCCUUCACACCCUUCAAUCCCCACAGGCGUAGAAAACGUCAAGGACUUACCCGCUGAUGGCUUCCGUUCUAUGAUGUACAAUCUUGGUAAACUUCGAGAUCCCAUAAUUGAAUGGUUUAACAACCACUCUUCACCUCCGUCAGCUAUUAUAUCUGAUAUGUUUUUGGGGUUCACUCAAGAAAUUGCAACCAAGCUUGGUAUUCGCAGGUACGUGUUUUCCACUUCUGGCGCGUUAGCUUUGUCUGUUGUUUAUUCACUUUGGCGUGAAAUGCCUGGAAGGAAAAACACUAAUGAUGAGAACGAGAUUUUUGAGUUAACAAGUAUUCCGAAUUGUCCGAAAUACCCUUGGUGGCAGCUGUCUCCUAUUUUCAGGAGUUAUGUUAAAGGAGACCCAAAUUCGGAAUUUAUUAGAGAAUGUUAUUUAGCGAAUAUAGCGAGUUAUGGACUUGUUUUCAACACGUUCACUGAAUUGGAGAAUGUGUAUUUGGAUUAUUUGAUGAAAGAUUUGGGUCAUAACAGGGUUUGGUCUGUCGGACCUGUACUGCCUCCUAACGAGGAUGUUAGUAAUAAUAAUUCGGGUUCAUUGAACAGAGGUGGUUCAAGUUCAGUUUUGGCCAGUGAAAUAUCAGCAUGGCUUGACACAUGUGAAGAUCACUCGGUGGUAUACGUUUGUUUCGGUAGUCAAGCGGUGUUAACAAACAAACAAAUGGAGGAGUUAGCCAUAGGGUUAGAGAAGAGUGGUGUCAAAUUCAUUUUGUCAGCUAAAAGGGCCACUAAAGGACACGUGUCGAACGAUUACGGUGUUAUCCCGUCAUGGUUCGAGGAAAAAGUAGCUGGGAGGGGGUUAGUGGUUAGAGAUUGGGCUCCACAGGUGUUAAUCUUAAACCACCGAGCGGUUGGUGCAUUCUUGACUCAUUGUGGUUGGAACUCGACUUUGGAAAGUUUAGUUGCUGGAGUGCCUAUGUUAACGUGGCCAAUGGGUGCGGACCAAUUUGCCAACGCGAAUAUUUUAGUGGACGAGCAUAAGGUAGCGACCAGAGCUUGUGAAGGCGCAAAAACGAUACCAAAUUCCGACAAGUUGGCUAAGUUGCUGGUAGAAGCUGUGCAAGGGAACAACGUAGAAGAGCGAAGGGCCCGUGCAUCGGAGCUACGAAAAGUUGCAUUGGAUGGCAUUAAAGAAGGUGGGAACUCAUUCAAAGAUUUGGUAACGUUCGUAAAUCAUUUAAGGGAGGAGGCUACAAAAAUCAAAAGGUAAAACAAAGUUUUCGGCCUCGUGAUAUCGACAGGCAACGGAAAAUGCUAAACUGUUUGGUGGUCCACAAUCCAUUGUUGGAGUCAUCUUUUACUAUACCAGUAUGUAAGCAUAUAUUAUCCAUCUCCAUUAGACGACGGAUAGAGCCUGUUUGGCUUAGAUGAUGGAAAUCAGCGGAUAAGUGCUGAUUGUUGAAAACACAUUUUAGUGUUGAUACUAAUUUUAUAAACAAGUAUUCCAAUUA